AUGAGUGAGUGGCUAAAGAACCAAUUGUUUGUAAGCCAUGCGAUUGCAGCAACAGGAUCAGUAACAGUAGCCACAGCUCUCACUUACCCACUUGAUACUCUCAAAGUUCUUAUUCAGGUUGGCUCGGGUUCUGGUAAACAAUUAACUCCUCUUCAGGCUUUAAAUCGAGUUCGUUCUUUUUCUGGGAAUGCAGGCUUGUAUAGCGGUUUUGGGUGGUUGACUUCAGGGAAAACUCUUGCUCUCGGAGCUCGGUUUGGAGCCUAUGAAAUUUUAACAGCUUAUUACAAAGAUGGCCGAGAAGACAAUUAUGUGCACAUCUCCGAGGCCCUCAUGGCAGGAAUGGUAGCUGGUGCAUUAGAGUCAAUUGCAUGCUCUCCGUUUGAACUUAUUAAACUUCGUGCACAGGUUACCUCUGCAUCUCGAGUUCCAAGAUCUACCACUGCUUCUGAAAAUAGAGCCGCUGCACCUUUUAUUGCGAAAUUACUACCUAGAUAUACUCCAGAUAAGAAGGCAUUGAACCAUUCUGUUACCCUUUUGUCCAUCCUAACCAGUAAGCAUCCUAAUCUGGUUGGUGCCUUGCAAGAGUACCCAUGGAUGAUGACUGGGUCUGGGAAGGCGCCAUCGGUCUGUGAUGUUCGGAAGCCAUCAAGCAUUCUCUCUUUGGAAGGAUGGGGUGCAUUCUGGAGAGGGUUCAGAUCAGGACUUGCUCGAGAUUCUAUUUUUAGUGGGAUAUUCUUCAGUAGCUGGCAAUUUCUGCAUGAUGUAAUGCUUAACUGGAAGGCAGUUGGGAUGGAUCCUAUACCCAGGUCUAACGAAGAAGUGGGAUCGCUCUCUCCUGUAUCUGUUAGUCUUGCUGCUGGAUUUUCUGGUUCCAUUGCUGCAGCUGCAUCUCAUUGUUUUGACACUGCCAAAUGUCGAUCACAAUGUACUGUGCUGCCCAAGUAUAUUUCCAUGGAGAGGAAGAUGUUGAAAUGGACACGACCAGGGAAUGGAUUUGAGAGGUUUACAGGGAUCCACCCUGCAGACAGGAAUCUCUUGUUCCGUGGCCUGGGGUUGCGAAUGGCACAUAGUGGGUUUGCAUCGUUUAUGAUUGUUGGGAGUUAUUAUUUGACUGUUGAUUACCUUGUAUAG